GCAACACAGACUCGGUGCUCCAUUGAACCUCAAACCCUCAUCCUAUAGACUACCUCCGUACGGUAUCAUACCAUUAUUAAAGCCUCGCAACUUUCCCACCACAAACCAUCCUUAUUCCACCCCUCACUCCCUCCUCCCCCCCCCGCCGGUUCCACAAAAUCCACCCGUCAAAAUGAGAUUAACGACAGAGCUCCUGCAGGCCGCUCCUAGCUACCUGAACCCGCUCAACGACCGCGAAUUAGAUCUCCGAGGUGCGUUACAACCCGUUCAGCCACUACACUUCCUAUGAAAGAGAGAGACCCCCAUACAAGAAAGAGACUCGGUGAUUAAAACUCUUCUUUCCCCUCCAAAAAAAAAAGGCCACAAGAUUCCCGCCAUCGAAAAUCUAGGUGUUGCAGGUGUACGUCUUCCCUCUCCUCCCCCCCCUGUGCACUAUCUAAUGAUACCUUGUAAAAAAAAAAAACAGCCACAAGAUGCCAUAGACUUAACGGACAACGACAUCCAAGCCCUGGCAAACUUCCCCCUAAGCGAACGUCUAAAGACCCUCCUACUCGCGCGUAACCGGAUAUCCACCAUCCAGCCCACCCUCGCUUCCACCCUUCCCAACCUGACCGUCCUCGCGCUCGCCGCUAACAACCUCUCCGAACUCUCGGACCUUGACCCGCUCGCCCGGUUCACGCGCCUGACGCACCUUUCCCUCCUCGACAACCCCGUCACACGCAAGGAGAAUUACAGGUAUUGGGUCAUCUGGCGCUGUCCCAGCGUGCGCUUCUUGGAUUACAGGAAGGUGAAGGAUGUCGAGAGGGUGGGCGCCGGUAGGCUGUUUGGGAGUGCGAGCGAGCCGUCGGCUUUAGCUGCUAGGGUUUGUUCACGCCUUCCUCGACGGUUAUGGGGGGUGGCGGUGGUGAUGGUGGCUGACCGGUUGAGAAUGGCAGAUUAUGGGGAUCAAGUCAAAGACUUUCGAUGUUAGCGAGCCGCUGAACGGUGGACAGAAGGAGUACACUGUCAGGCUAAGCGCCGCCGAGAGGAAAAGCAUCGAGGCGAGGAUCAGAGCCGCAAAGAGCCUGGAAGAAGUCGCCAGGUUGGAGAGGGAGCUUCGGGAAGGUCCUCAAUCUUCGGGAGAUGCCAUGGAGGAGUAAUGAACAGCCACCCUACCUUUGCAUUUAUCUAUUUCUUGUCCGGCUUUAAAAACCUAAAAAUGUUGAUUUGAACUCAUAUCGGGCUUCCGUACUCACCCUGUAAGGGAAGAAAGAUAGAAAGAAGGAAAGAGAAGAAAGGGAUUUCCUCCUCUUUUGCCUCACAUCCCCCCACCAUAUAUAUAUUACCAUUGCGGUGCUUGGACUGUUGGAUUGGUGGGGCGGGUUUCAUUUCUUUAGCAUUCUCUCU